UCCGCAGUCACUUCCUGCAGCUGUUUCCCGGCGAGGCGGCUCUGGUUGACUUUUGACAGUCAGCCUUCAGCUGCGGAGAGAGCUGGGGGCUUGGCCCAGUUAGCGGAGAGAGUGGCCGCGGCCGAGGCAGGCGGGGCGGCGUGCAGCCUGCGAUCUGAAGACCUGAUUUCUUCUUGCCCAUUGGAUUAUGCACAAGGCUGCCCUACCCAAUGAUCCUCUUGCAACACUCUGGGCUUCCUCCGCCUAAGCGGCCCUCAUCCUCUUUUCCUAUGUCAGUAGCCGCCAGGCCUGUAGGAACCUUGCAGCUUCCACCACAGAAGCCUUUUGGGCAGGAGUCUUCCUUGCCGCUGGCAGGAGAAGAAGAUUUAUCUAAAGGAGGGGAGCAAGACUCUGCCCUGGAGGAGCUAUGUAAGCCCCUGUACUGCAAACUCUGCAAUGUCACCUUGAACUCAGCUCAGCAAGCCCAGGCUCAUUAUCAGGGUAAGAAUCAUGGGAAGAAACUCCGGAAUUACUAUGCUGCAAACAGCUGUCCUCCUCCUGCCAGAAUGAGCAGUGUAGUGGAACCUGUGGCCACGCCAGCUGUUCCGGUCCCUCCUCAGAUGGGCUCCUUUAAGCCUGGAGGCAGAGUGAUCUUGGCCACAGAGAAUGACUAUUGUAAGCUGUGUGACGCCUCCUUCAGUUCUCCAGCCGUGGCUCAGGCCCACUAUCAAGGGAAAAAUCAUGCCAAGAGGCUGCGGCUGGCGGAAACUCAGAGUAACUCAUUCUCGGAGUCAUCAGAGGUUGGUCAAAGAAGGUCCCGGAAAGAAGGGCAUGACUAUAAAAUAAUGCCUACGAGGAGAAACGUGUAUACUGUACAGAAUAAUUCAGGUCCCUACUUCAAUCCCCGGUCCCGACAGAGAAUCCCACGCGACCUAGCCAUGUGCGUCACUCCAAGUGGCCAGUUUUACUGCUCAAUGUGUAACGUUGGUGCUGGUGAAGAGAUGGAAUUCCGGCAGCACUUAGAGAGCAAGCAGCAUAAAAGCAAAGUGUCUGAACAGCGGUACAGGAAUGAGAUGGAGAAUCUGGGCUAUGUAUAGUGAUCACUGGAUUCCAUCCGAACAGCUUAUUUUGCCUGUUGUCUACCUUCUGUCAAAUAUGUCAUGCUUUGUGGUCCUUUGAUAUGAGUCCAUUCCAUUGCUUAAUGUUAAUACAUGGUACUAUGAGGUGUCAAAACUCGGGGAGGGAAAGAACACAUCUCUUAGAUACAUAGUACUUUUCCAGGUCAGUUGUGUUGAGCUGUUUAGAGCAUGUGACCUUCCUUACCCCCCUGAGAAAUAACUUUGUCUUGAACAAAAUUUGGUCAAUUAACAACCUGACUCCUUAGAGCUUUAACUACAUAAAACAUUCAUCUUCUUUUGCAAGUUUAUUCUGAUGUACUGUUAAAAAAAAAAAAAAGAACGAAUUCUUCAGAUCACAGUCAAACAGUAAUCUCAGUAAACUGAGAUUACAGUUUCUCAAAGCAAGCCUCUUUGGAAGCAUGACUUCCAAAUCAAAACCUUUCCAGUAAGAUAUAUUAUUAGCCACUACUUUAGGGUCUUUCCCAGGACACUGUCUUCCUCUGUCAAGUCCUCUCAUUAUUGAAAGGCAGGUUUUCUUGGAUUAAGUUAUUCCCAGUGUGUUUGUGCAUUUCUUUCUUAACAGCAGAACUUCACUUCCAGUGGAUUUCACACAUUUAAGUAGUACUUUCCCCCUACAUCCCAUUUUUCACACAGUUGGAUUAUCUUGGCUAGUAAGUUCAUUUUCAUGCCUUAGCCAUGUCCCAUGUUUGAAUAUCCAAUGAAUUUAAGAUAGACUUGCUUAAAAAUAUUUUUAUCACAUUUAGAAAAUAUAAAUGUGUUUACUUUUAAAAUUUACUGUUACUUCAUGAUAAUAGUAUACAUUUACAUCAUGGUCUCGAACACGUUAGAUAUCUUGAUUUUUUUGUGUGUGGCAGACUUUUAGAUAAAAUUGCCCAUACAUUUUACUUAAAAUUCUCUGGCUUGCCAGUUGUUGAUUUCCCUGGAAAAAAAGUGCCACUACCAUUCAUAGAUAGGUAUUAAAGUCAAUCAAAUUACACUAUUACCAUAUAUAAUAGAAAACAUAUGACGAUUGGUUUCAUCCCUUAUAAUUCAGCUUCUGUGAAGGUAAUAGAAAUAUAGAUUACUUUGAUAUCUGGUAACAACAUAUAUCAAACAACAGUAUUAUUAUUCUUGUUUUUAAAAUGAACAUGUGUGUGUGUAUGUCUAGAUUACCUGAUGCACUAGUUUAUGAGCUUUCAUUAGCUGUUUUAUCUGUUUACUGUAUGUACAUGGGAAAGACUGGUACUCAUCUAUACUUCUUUUGAAAAAAUUUGCACUCAUCCAGAAGUUUAUAUUGAGCUAUAUCUUUCCACUAUAUACAGUUGAAAUUUCAUUGUUUAGAUACUACUUACAAAUACACACACACACACACACACACACACACACACACACUCACACACAUUUCCCUUGAGAAUUCUGUAGUCUAAGAGACAGGACAGCAAAAUUAUAAUCAUUUGUUUACAUGAAUGUUUUUGAAUAUUUAGACCCUUACGUAACCAUCAGUUUUGUGAUCAACCUGUGGCAGAGUAUCAGAUUAUCUUUUUGAAGUGGUGGCAUUUUUGGAAAAUAAAAUUGUUUAACAAUUUAUUUUUCUUCCAGAAACAGAAGAAUGAACUAAUAUUCUGUUGUAACUCUAUCUGGACCUGUGACUUUUAGUAUAAUGACCAUUUACAAUGGUUUGUAAAGUAUAGUUGAUUAGUUUAGAAUUUACUUUAUUGGUUAGUAGGUUUUCAUUUUGCUGCUAAGUAUGAUUUUUGGUAGACUUUAAUUUUACAGUGCUGGCCACUUGGUUCUAUGAUUAUUUAAAAAUCUAAUUUUCCCUCUAGAUGUGUUUAUGUGUAUAUGUAUAUGUCUGUGUGCUAAUAUGUGUAUUUACAUAUACACAUACAUUCAUACAUACAUAUAUAAGACUAUGUAUAUAUAUAGUUUUCUGUUGUAGAGAAGAUUUUAUUGGAUCCUUUUUUGAGAUAACAGUAAAAGAGUGUGAAUAAGAAUUUACUUUUGUAAAGUGGCAUUCAUUGAUAUUUGGUUCUUCCUUUGCAAGUGAAAUUCCAGGAAGGGUAUCCUCCACUCUCCCCACUGAAAAAAAAAAAAAUCUCAUAAUAUAUAUACUAAAAGCAGUAGGCUUAAAGCCUCAAUGCUUUUUAGGCCUUGCGUAUUCAGGUUUCUAGUCUCCCAGUGCCCUUAAUGGAUGUCAUGAAUGCGUUAGAGCAUUUCCUUUAAAAAAAUAAAAAGGGUUAGAUUAAUAGUGUUAUUUCCUACUUGUUAUAUUUUUUGCACUAAAAAAGAGCUCUGUAUUUGUUUUAUAUGAGACUUUAGAUACCAUAUUGCCUACAAUCACUCAGUUUGCUCCUUAAUUUCCAAACUCUAGGAAUUUGAUAAGUAACUUCUACUGUCAUUGGAAGAGCUUACUUAUACAUCCAAAAAAAAAAAAAAAAAAUCACAAGUCUCUCUUCUAACAGUGGAUUGUGUUUCAGUAUCAUUACUUUGUAAUAUUCUCCUGUGUUCAUUAAUAAAACAGAAGAUGACUUCGAGAUUAUCAGAAAGGGAACGCCUAAAUAAAUACAUCUCUGCAUGGUAUAACUUCUCAUACUACGCACUCUGUAGAGUGUUUGUCCUCUGUCAUAAAAAGCUUGUCACUACUGCUACCACUGAUUUUUCAUCCCUGCUGGUUUUAUUUGUUAAGUCUAGUCCUGCUCUGUAAUGUUCUUUAGAAUUUGUACCCAGAAAUCAUGUUAGUAUCUUUUUAUAUACUCUAUACAAGGACAGAGAUAGGACAAAACAAUGGAAAGUCUUGAGUCAAACAAAUGAAGUAGAUUUCAGUAGUCACCUAUAGAAUCUCAUAACAUCUGUGAGUAUCUGUGUAACUUGUUGCUCAAAAUCAAUGUUAGACAAUAACAAUUAGAAACUCCUCUAAAAUACUGAGGGCAAGAAGUUGUGAUGGAAAUUUUCCAUCUUCCAAUUAAAAUAUUGGAUUGUAUAUGCCUUCAAAGUGUUUCUUUUUUUUUGAAGAAAAAUAGUUAAGCUACAAAAUUGAAUGUGCCAAGUAAUCAUUUUGAUUCUAUGCUGAGAAGAAAAUGUCUUGUCCAUUGUGUCUCUGUAUACAUCGUGUACUGCAACUUGUAAACACGUGCAUGUUGCUUAUUGUGUUUGUCUGCUUGUCUCCUAUUGCACUGGAUUCUGACAAGUGAAGAUUUUUUUAUACUGUUAAUUUUUAAAAUGCUCCAUUGCCAACUGUUUCUCACUGUUUCCCUUUUUAUUUUAUUUUUUAAUUAAUUAAUUAUUAAUUAUUAUUAUUUAUUUAAGAAAGGAGACAUUAACAAAAACAUAGGAUGCGGGGGGGGGAUACAACUCCACACAAUUCCCACCACCCAAUCUCCACAUCCCAUCCCCUCCCCAAUAGCUUUCCCACUCUCUAUCCCUCUGGGAGCAUGGACCCAGGGUCGUUGUGGGUUGCAGAAGGUGGAAGGUCUGGCUUCUGUAAUUGCUUCCCCACUGAACAUAGGCGUUGACUGGUCGAUCCAUACUCCCAGUAUGCCUCUCUCUUUCCAUAGUAGGGUGGGUCUCUGGGUAAGCGGAGCUCCAAGACACAUUGGUGGGGUCUUCAGUCCAGACUGUUUCCCUUUUUAAAAUCAAUGGUAAAAUAGAAUGUUUGAAGCACUGAGCUUGAAUGAAGAAAAAUGCCUAUGUUAUGUUAGAUACUCUCUGACUUAGCUAGAAAGAAGCUAGUGAUUCCAAAUUGCCUUGCAAAGUUGCCUCACAGAACUAGGUAUCACUACCUACCUGUAAUUUGACCAAGGUUAAAAGGGGAAAUACAUAUGCAUGUGUGUAUGCAUGUAUGUGCACUUGUUUGGUUAAAACUUUCUCUAGAUAGAUUCUAAGAAUUAGUGACAGAGUCUAAGAAUGUGUGAGUCCAUCAGUGUUGAAUUUGCCACAACUUUGAACAAUAACAGUUUUUGGACUCUCUGAGACCUUUGUAAAGUUACUCUUGUUUGGGUCAAGGGAGAUGUAAUUAUUUGGCAUCUGUUGAGAAGACUGGGAAUUGUGGGUUUGGAAUCUGAUUCAUACUAUUACCUCAACACCAGAACCUAGACUUUCCAGUCUCUAAAGAAAUUGGUGAGGAUAUGGUAAGGGCAGUAGUGUUGCUUAGACAUAGAGAAAUCUUUUGUUAGUACUGUAUAGGCAAAAGUUUAUUACAAACAUACUUCAGAGAGAGAGAGAGAGAGAACUGCACUCAAACUUCCUUCACCCAUAUGCCAUUGGUACUGGGUCUUUUUUUUUUUUUUUUUUGGUGGGGGUGGACUGAGUCUUGUACCUGUGUUAUACACAGAUGCCAAUUUUUUUUUUCAAAACCAAGUCACCCUUCAAUGAUCAAGGCUAUCAUACAUAAUAAAAUGUAUUUGGUGAUUGGUUAUCCUUUAUUGCUAUCUACUUAUUUUUUUGGUAAUGGACCCUUACCAUUGUGAGCUGCUACUGGUUUGAAUGGACAAAAAGAGCUGCAUGAAUAGCUCUUCCUAUUUUAUUUCUACUAGUAGCAGUUUUAGUUUUUCUCCCUCUUCUGAAUGAGAGGAUCAUCUGUAAACUUCCUUUCUGGGUAGAUACCAAAAAAUACUGGCUUAUGGUCCCAUGUGACUCUGUCUCUGUUAAACCCAGAAUGAGUGCCUUUCACAAGUUUUAGCAUUGUAUGGCAAGAAGGGAUGAUAAAAUUAAUGCCAUUUGUCGCAAUUUUUAAAACUGGCAAUUGGAAUAGGAAAGUUACGUAUGUGUUCUAUAUCUUUUUUUCUUCUUAAUGUACUCUCAGUUUGAUAUUGAGUAAAUAUCUUACAAGUAUUGAUGAGGAACUGACAUUCUGAAAAUGAACUCAGUUACCCCAAACUGGCUACAGUUAAAGAUUUUUUUUUUCUCCUUUAUUAUUUUCUUUUGCUUUUUUCCCUUCCAUCCUCCCCUUUUAUUCCAGUUCAGCUCUGGCUAAUGGCGGUGCAGUGGGUGGUAGUGUAGUGGACUGGAGAAAGCUAGUUUGGAAACACUCUGCCAGUUUUCUUUUCAAACUUGUCUGCUCUGUGGGGAGGAGAGAAUCAUGCAAAUAAAGUACAUGGAGUAAUUGUGACAUUUCCCUUAUACAUUAAAAGGGACAUUUUCCUAUGUCAGAUUCAAGGUUUUUUAAAUAUAAAAGCAAAGCUCUUCCUACUUCACUGAGUAUGAGAUUCUAAAUAGUCAGAAUACUUGGAAUUUUGAACAUACACUGUUAAUUUUAUUGUAGAAAUAUGAAUAUUUCCUUUAACAUUUUACUAUGCAGGGUUUUAAACAUACAUCUGUGAUGAAUUUUUUUUUCAAUAUGUCCAUCAGUAGGUUCUGUCACCAAGACUUUACUUCAUUUGCACUACUGCAUAUCAGUUCAUCUCUCUCUUCAACUCAUUUAGUUAUUUUCAAAUUCACAUUUCAGUGUAGAGAAUACACUUUCCAUCAAUUUUUCAAAUUAGGUGUACUUAGCUAGAUUUAAUAGUCAAAGAUAAUAUCUUUUUGAAAGCAGUCUAUGAAGUUGAUAACCUGAGCCAUCUGACAUAUUUUGUGGACUGUAGUCUUCCAGUUUCUGUUUUCCGAUGUACUUUGAGUGAGGAAAGAGAACUCCUUUUCAAAGUGAAGUUUUCUGGUGUUGGUCAUUUUAUGUGCUUCAUCAUCAUACAUUGCAAUGUUUUGUUCUACCACUCUUUUUAUGUUGUAUUGUUGCUGAACUAUGCAGCCUCUUUAAAAAAAAAACUCAGUUACUAAUUGGAGUCUGUCAAAUCUGGUUAUACCUCAUUUAAAACAAUUGCUGCUUUUCUCCACAUUAACACUCCUCCUCCUGCUACUUUUGUCUGAUCUACCUGGAGGUAGAGAGGAGUAAGGAGGCAAACCCAUUUCUGACAGACUGUUGUAAACAACUCUAGAAGGACAGAUUAGAUAGUUUAGACAGUUGAAACUAUUGAUUUGAAUCCCCCAAGAAUCGUAAUAGCUUCCUCUAGCCAUACUUCAUAGGAUUAAACAUGAUUGCACUGAACAGUGAAUUGUUGAAAUUGGGAGCCUUAGUACUAUUAAGUACUAUUACUCUAGUACUAUUAAGAAAAAAAAAUUUUUUUUGACACAAGCCUUUAUUUUUGCCAAACUGUUUUUGGGGACACAAUCUGAGGAAUUUUAGUGACUUGAUUCAGGCCAUGACGACUCAGUGUGUUUAGUCCAAGUUGAAACUGUACUUUCUGUUGCUGACUCAUAUCCUUGUGCUUGUUGAGUCAGAUUCAUGGCUUUAAGUAACUGGAUGCCAUCUUUAGAAAUAAAAAUGUUUUUUUUCUAAUUAAGAGAGAUUCAUUUUUAGAAAUUGUAUGGUGAUUUGAACUUGAUGAUUUUUCUCAUGGCUGUGAUUCCUCAUUGAACCACCCCAGCUGCUAAAAGUGCCCCGUAAACUCCUGAAUAAUGCAGGUGUUACAGGAUUUUAUUUUUUACAUUUAAAUGACCAGUAUGAUUCGUAAGUCUGUGUAAGUCUUUAUGUGACCCCCUCACUAGUGAAAAUAAAUGUUAUGUGUCACUGAUUGUGUGAUAUAUUUUUUAAAGAUGUGUGUGAAUAUGAAGGAACUAUUCUAGGGCCAAGCACAUUGAAAAUACAGUUUAUUUCUACUCUACAAAACUGGCGGGUAGAGGGAUAAGACUCUUAGAGAGGCUGGCUAUUGCUUUGCCUUCCUUUGGGACUAAAGCACCUUUUUGGGAGUUUUGUAAAUCAGCCCGUCUUUUCUAAGGAUUUCAUGUUGACUCUGUGUUGACUGAUCACUUUCUGGGCUAACCAAGACAAUUUCAUUUGGGUGUGGUGCGUCUGCUUUGAAAUGCCUUACUAGAGGAUGCCAGACUCCAUCUGAAAGCAUUCCACGUGUCUGCUAGGAUGAGCUCCUUGGCUGUGUGUAUACUCUAGACCCACGAAACAAAGCUGAUUUUGCUUUCUUUCUUAAUGAUGCAUUUUAGGACUAUUUCUGCUUCCAAGCAGAGAACGCAAUCGUGGGAAACCAAGGGAGACUUUAGAACCCUUCACUUAAUGGCACGACAACACUUUUAAAGCCGCUUUGCUACUAGAGCAAUCAUCUCUGACAGAGGGUAAAGCUAAAAUGUCAGCCAAAGCUAUGUGAAGUUGAGGUUUUCUGAAAAAUGUCACUGACUGUCAUUCAGGGGUUUCAUAUCUGUGUGUGCUAUUGGGGCUCAGUGCCAGUCACUGCUUUGAAAAAUCUGUUUGUGUUCUGGGGCUUUUGAACUGACAAAAGUGUUGUGGGAUUAAAACCAAUCAACUGUGAAUUGUGAAAUUGAAAUUGCUCUUUUGGUUUUAUUUUCUCCAGCCUAUUUAAUAUAGAAGUAUGAAAAGCUAUUUAAAAUUUACAUUGCUUAUGUGGACAGCUCAUUUUGGCUGUGUAUUCUCUCUUCUGUACUGGUUUCUGAUAAAGGCUUGAUGUGAUUCUAACAGGCAUUUUGUGUUCAGUUUAAUAAAACAGUUUCUGAGUCCCGUC